GGACCUAUUGGAAUUCGAAGUCCCAAGCCAAUCGCAGUCCACAACGCAGCCCCUCCCUCCGGUUCCCAACUCUUCAACUAGCUGUGGACUCCUGCGGCUACCAAAAUCGACGGCGCGGUGAUCGGACCCGCUUCACUUGGACCCCGAUUCCUCUCCCUUCCCCCUUCCGACCCCCUUUCUUCCCCUAUAAAUGGCGGGAGCUUUCACUUCUCUCUUUUUCUCCCUCCUCCAUUAACGCCCCAUCUCCCCUCCUCUCAUCAUCCCAAUCUCUCCCAAAUUCUCUUUCAAGAUUUCCCGAUUCUUCGCCACCUCCCCUCGAUCCAUGAAAUCCUAGAACCCAACGCGUCCUCGUAGGUCUUGCCCCAGAUUAGGGUUUCUCGAGAUCCCUCUCUCUCUCGAACCCUAUUCCUAAACCCUACCCCUUAUUUGUCUCCGGCUUGUUCUUGGAGGCUCCGCCUUGCUCUGCAGGGGCGGAGAGCGAUCGCUUCUCUUGGUGACAGCUCUUUUCUUUGCCCUCGGAACUCAACUCGAUCUGGAGAGUUGAAGGGGGCCCGAGAGAGAUCUCGAUCUCAAUGGAGGCUGCCGCGGGCCGCGGCGGAUCCCUUGCCGUGUCCUCCUCUCAGCCGGCCAGAAAGGAGUGGCGCGCCGUCUCCGAGCAUCCCUUUCGCAACAAUGGGGUAGAGGAACAGGAGCACGUUAAACUAGGGCUAUCCGAUGAGAGAACGAUAUAUGAGGUGCAGGAGGGAACGGGGCCACUGGAUGUGGACUUCUGUUCGAUCACGAUCGUUGGCGGGGGUUUGAAUGAUGAUAUAUUGCAGCAGAGGCUGCAAAGUAUCACCAGGCAGAGAGAGGAGCUUCAGCAGAGGGAGAUUGAGCUGCGAGCUCAGGUUAUUGCCAGGAUGGAGAUUUCGGAGGUGCAGAACAGCUAUGAAGAGCAAAUCAAGGAGCAUGCAAAUGCUGCUGUCGAACUAAAGGAACAACUACAAGAAAGAGAACAACAGUUACAUGAGUUGGAGAUGAAAUUGGAAGAGAAGGAUAGAGAGCUACGUGCUAUGAAAAUUGACAAUGAAGCGGCUUGGGCUAAGGAGGAUCUUCUUAGGGAACAAAACAAAGAGUUAGCCACCUUCAGAAGAGAGCGAGAUAACUUAGAAGCAGAAAGAGCACAGCACCUUAAGAAAAUCCGUGAUUUGCAAGAACAUAUACAAGAAAAAGAAAACCAGUUUCUUGCUUUGGAGGAGCAGCAUAGGGUUGCACAGGAAACUAUUCUUUACAAGGAUGAACAAUUAAGAGAGGCACAAACUUGGAUUGCUCGAAUUCGAGAAAUGGAUGCUUUGCAAUCCACAACCAACCAGUCGUUACAAGCUGAGCUACGAGAACGUACUGAGCAUUUUAACCAAUGUUGGCUUGGUCUUCAACAACAGUUUGUGGAAAUGGAGCGGCAUCAUCUGCAAGCCAUACAGCAGCUCCAAUUAGAGUUAGCUGAUGCAAGGGAACGAAGUGGAAUAUAUAAAGAUAAUUCACAAGUGUCUCAUGAGAACUCAAAGGGUUUAUCUUCAUACGCACAAAGCAAGGGAAACCAGAUUAAUGCGAAUGAUGGUGGCACAAUAAAUGGAAACAUGGGGUUAUUACCUAAUGGAAAUUUGGAUGGCGGUUCAUCUUUUGUUUCAGCUUCCAAUGCAUCUAUAAAGAGUGAACAUGGUGCUGGUGUUCCAGUUGUUCCAUCUUCCAUAAUUGGGAUGGGUGCCUUUCUUCCUCCUGGCCAGAUGACUGCAUUGCAUCCUUACGUGAUGCAUCCGCAAGGUGUUCCACAAUCUGUAUCAUCAACCAACUCACCCAUUCCUCAAUCUCAAAUGGGCCAUUUUCAGCCAUUAUCUACAAUUCCAGCUCACCAGCAGCGGCAAAAUCAACAGGAAGUACCUGAUAUCUCACAACUACCUAAUCAGAACAAAUAUCAACCAUCUCAAUCAGAGCAGAAUCUUUUAAGACCAGAUGCCAAUUAUAGGUUUGAGCUCGCUGCUGAAAGGCAGGUGGUCCAUCCAGACCAUCUUCACAACCACAUCAGCCAACAGCAGAGAUCUAGUCCUGUAAUCAGCGGAUCAAGUGAAGAAGUUCAGGUGCUCAAGUUGAAUGGAAAACCAUAUCCAGUGUCCCAAGAACCACAGGACACCUUGAAUGCAAACUCUCAGUUUAGUCCUACAUUAGGAUUUGAACCACCAGAACAGGUACAGGAUAAGAAGACAGUUGCUGCAGUCAACCAAUCACAGGAGACAGUUUUGACAUCAGGACAACAACAGUCUUCUAGUGUGGUUGAGUCUGUUCCUCCAAACAACUCUGUAAGCUCCAAUAUUGCAGCAGAAUACAAUGAGAAUGAAAUGAGUUUUCCUGAAGUUUCUGUCUCAGCUGUACGAACACCAAGUUCAAUGAUACCUGGGAAAUUUGUGGAGCCCACUCUUCUAGAUGAAAGGUCUCUUUUGGCAUGUAUCGUGCGUGCUAUUCCAGCUGGAUCUGAUGGUCGAGUCAGGAUCAGCACAACUUUACCAAAUAGGCUGGCAAAAAUGCUUGCACCUCUUCACUGGCACGAUUACAAGAAACACUAUGGCAAGCUUGAUGACUUUGUGGCUCAUCAUCAAGAAUUAUUUGUAAUUGAAGGGGACCAUAUUCACCUUCGUGAAGGAGCUCAAGAAAUUAUAUCAGCUACUACAGCUGUUGCGAAAGUUGCGGCUGCUGCUGCAUCUUCUGCACCUUACUCAUCAUUGCUGCCUUCAGUAGCUGUUACUCCUGUUGCACAGAGCAACCGCCAAAAAAAGUUACUGUCAGUUGAUUCCAGAACGGCAAACAAUGUGUCAUUUAUGGAAGGUGCUGCCCUGACAAACCUUGGAGAUUCAUAUGACAAGCAUUCGGAGAUUUCACAAGUGCAUGAUCAACAAUCAAAUGGUGUCAGCUUUAACAUCAUCCAAGGGCUCUUAGAUGUUAAAAUUUCAAGCAAGUCAAAAAAUCUCGAGGACCUCAAUGGUUUGUCAUCUGAAAUGAGAUCUGGUCAUUCAUCCAUACACAUCACAGUUGGAAAUGGAACAAAUCUUGAUAGAACAAAUUUGCGAUCUACCCAAAAUAAAGGACUAAGUAAUGGUAGACAUGGUGUUGGAGGGAAACAGCAGGGAAGGUCUUCUGGUGCUGGCUUGAUUUCCAGAAGAUAAAUUUGAUGGGCGUGAAGUACUACUGGACCUGAAGAAAAGCUCUGAAACAUUGCAUUUUUCUUGAUGCCCGCAGGUUGAAUUCUAGCUGACCACCUUUUUUGAAUUUUCUUAUUGAAUCUCGUACCUUUUAUUCUGUGGAAUUUUUUGCUUAGUUUGUCAAUCUGUACUCGAAACUGUGUUAACAAUGGAAGGCAGGAAAAAUGGAAGAGAUUUUGCAACUGUGCAAUAUUUGCUGCAUUCUCUUUAAUCUACUGGAUGAGGUUAAAAAGGACCAGAACUGUUAAUUAAACGCCUGAAGUUGUAAGUUGGCCUGUUUUGUCCUGAAAUUUGCUAGAGAAGAACUUUAAUGUGAUAAAGUUUUUUUUUUUUUGGUGCAAUGUGAUAAAAAACUUUGAUGUA